GACAAAUGAUGCGCACCCUUCUGCAGAAGUUUGUCUGCCACGUAAGGGAUUUUAGCAGUUAAACUUUUUAAUUUGUGUACAUUUUGCUAAAGUUUUAACAAUUGUCUUCAAACAUGAUGCUGUUUACUCUUUGUUCCUUAUUGCCAUCACUGUUUGUUUGUGUCACUGGUGGAAAACUUCCAGAAGCCGAUGUGAAAAUUGAGGUGAUGCACAAACCUUUUCAGUGUCACCGAAAAUCAAAGUAUGGAGACAUGCUUCUUGUUCAUUACGAGGGAUUCCUGGAGAGCAAUGGCACUAUGUUCCAUUCCAGCCGCAAACAUGGGGACAGAAAUCCAGUCUGGUUCACUCUUGGGAUCCGAGAGGUGCUUAAAGGUUGGGACAAGGGCCUGCAGAAUAUGUGUGCUGGAGAGCGCAGGAAGCUGACUGUCCCUCCAUCACUGGGAUACGGAAAGGAAGGUCAAGGUAAAAUUCCUCCAAGCAGCACCUUGAUAUUUGACAUUGAGCUCAUGGAGAUCCAAAAUGGUCCCAGGUCCCACGACUCUUUCCGGGACAUGGAUCUUAACGACGACUGGAAACUCUCCAGACAGGAGGUGAAGCAUUUCUUGAAGAAGGAAUUUGAGAAACAUGGUUACUCGCCCAAUGACACACAUCAUGAAGUGAUGGUUGAUGACAUCUUCAAAAAUGAGGAUGAGGACAAAGACGGUUUUAUAUCAGUUAGGGAAUUCACCUCCAUACAUGAUGAACUCUGAAUGACGGAUUCAACUUUUAAAUUAGUUUUUUUUUUUGUAGAUCAUCUUUGAAACUUAUAUAAAUUGAUGUUUUAAACAAAGACUUUCAUAAUUUUAAAACUACAUUUGACCAAUAUUGUCUGAUGUUUUGUUUUAUGUUUUUUUUUUUAUUUUGACAUAGAAGUUUUAUGUUUUAUAUUCAUUUGCACAUUUCAUAACUUAUUUCCCUUGGACACACAUAUAAAUGUCAUAGUUCUUGUUGCUUUAAGAUGAUUAAACAAUUUUUGAUGAAAUAAACUAGUUUUUUCAAAGAUUUAUUUUAGUAACUUGUCCCAGUCUGUAAUGAUGCAGGAUAACUGGUCGCUUCUGUGCAUAUUUACCACUAGAGGGCACUCUUGCCUUUUAUUUUUACAAACUCUUUCAUCUCUUUAAAUCCUCCCCAACUGUAAAAAAUGCACAAUCCCCCACAGUAGCUGACUGACCUAUAUAUUUUUUCUUCAAAUUGAGAGUAAAGUCACGUAAAGCAUCACUUGUUAUCGGAACCAUAUAUUAUGCAUGUUGGAGUAAUGGGAGUUGAAGAUGUUUGAAAUUUUAUUUGGUUUCAAUCUCCAUGUUAUAGAUUAUAUUUCCUCAUGUACUACUUUGAUACAUUUCAAUUUAAACUUUUAAAACACAAAAUGCAUAUUUGAACCGCUUGCAAAAUAAAGACUUUCAACAUUAA